AUGGAUUGCUCAAUUUACGAAAACCCAACGGUGAUUGGGUUUGCCUCCUCGGUGCUAUUUGCAUUCGCCAUCUUCUUAUCGUACCUGCCACAGCAUCUGCUUAUCAUCAGCAGAAGGACCUCCGAGGGACUGUCACCAAUAUUCCUCUUGCUGGGAUCCGCUUCUGGAAUUUCAUCUCUUAGCAACUUGAUUCUUGUCACUUAUCCAGGCAGAGUUUGUUGCUCGGUUAUCUCCCGUUUUGGAUGCCUGAGCUCGCAACUAGGGUUGCUCCAAGUUGGAGUCCAAUCAAUAUCAUACUGUUUGAUACUGGUGUUGUGUGUGGCGCUCGCUCAGGAUAACUCCGCAAAGCGCAAGCAACUUCUGUUGGUCUACAGAGUGUUUUGGGUAUAUACACUAAUCAGUUUUGGUGCUGUGGUGUAUCUUCUGUACUUUCAGAAUGAGAGCUUUUCAAGCCUGUUAUGGUUUGCCAACUUCUGUGGAAUUUUGUCCUCAAUACUGGGAGGAGUGCAAUAUUUCCCACAAAUUGCCACCACCUACAAGCUACAACAUGCGGGCACAUUGUCCAUAUCCAUGAUGUUCAUGCAAACGCCAGGAGGCUUUCUGUGGAGUUUCUUGCUGUAUAGCCAACCCGGUUCCAGAUGGAGUUCGUGGCUGCCGUAUCUUACAGCUGCAAUUUUGCAAUUGGUGCUAUUGAUAAUGUGUCUUUAUUACAGGCACUUCACUAUCGUCGAGAGUGAAAUAAUACAGGAAAUAGCAGAGGAUAUGGUUGACGAGAGAACUCCAUUGGUUUGA